AACGCCGCUUGACCCUUUCCCCACGGCUCGGGUCGGGCUCGCGGGGGUUCUAGCGCAAUGGCAUGGGAACAAUGCGUGAGCUGUGCAUAUAAAUGUUCAUCACUUCCAGUGGGCUCAUCUCCCCGCAGAGGUCGAUCCCUUCCUCCCUGGAAUUUGCUGUCUGUCGUUUUUGUCUCUGCCAACUCUUAGACACCACCUCAGUUUCUUCAGCACCAUGGCUGACUCCAAAGCUACUGCGGUUGCCGCGGUUGGUCAUGUCGAACCUUCUAUCGAGGCUAAUACCGCUGUUAUUGAUACCUCUGAACGCCUCAAAACCUUUCUUGUCCGCCAGCAUUCAUUGACACGAGUUGAAGCCAUCAAGGAGCAUCGGAAGGCGGUAGCAUGGUGUCUGUACAUGUUUUUCACAUGUAUCAUGUUCGGCUUCGACUCCCUAGCCGGAGGCGUGGUCAUCUCAAUCGCCGAAUUCAGGAAAGACUUUGGCAAACCUUUCGGAGGACAAUAUGUCAUUGACGCAAACUGGCAACUCGGUUUCCAGGCUGCCACGCUCGGCGGUAUCAUCUUCGGUGGUCUUCUCACCGGCUUCGGUGUCAACAAAUUCGGUCGCCAGUUUUGCAUCCUAAUCGCGUAUAUCCUGAAUACUGGCGGUAUCUUCCUGCAAGUUUUUGCUACGACCCCAGCGCAUUUCUUUGGCGGCAAGAUCCUGACGGGUCUUCCACUUGGAUGCUUCAGCACUGUCGCUCCUACAUACGCAUCUGAGAUGGCGCCACUGUCAAUUCGCGGAGCCAUCACCGCUGGAAUGAAUUUUGCCAUUGUGCUGGGCCAGCUGAUCGGUUACGGCGUGUUGCGAGAGGCGAAUAAAUAUACAGGAAAGGCUUCCUACAGAGUCCUAUUCGCGACGCAGUGGGGCUAUGUCGCUGUUGGCCUGGCGAUCUUGCCUUUCUUCCCAGAAUCACCAUACUGGCUCGUCGCCAAAGGCCGCCACGAGAAAGCACGCCACAACCUUGCCAAAGUGCACGACGCUGGCUACGACAUCGACGGCCACAUGGCCGAAAUUCACGACUCGCUUGCACGGCAAAAUGCCGACAACGAAUCUCAAGGCUCCAUCGCAGAAUGCUUCACGAGAAAGCACAUCAUACGUACCCUUGUCGCCACGUCCAUGUUCUUCAUCCAGAAUGCGUCGGGAAAUUCCUGGGUCAUUGGAUACAUGUCAUACUUCAUGCAGCUUGGCGGCAUGAGCGUGUCCAAGUCUUUCGACACAACCGUCGGCAUGUCAGGCUUGAUGGUCGUCGGUAACAUGUUUGGAUGGCUGCUCGUGGAGAAGUUUGGGCGCAGGACCACGGCGCUGUACGGCACGGGGGUGCUAUGUGUGACUUUAUUCGUCAUCGGCAUCAUUGCAAGUGUGAAGAACGCAAAAGGCGCGAUCUGGGGACAGGUGGCGUUUAUGGGAAUCUGGGCUUUCGUUUACCAAGCUACCGUCGGCUCCUCGGCUUGGCCGAUUAGUGCGGAGAACCCGUCUUCUCGCCUCCGCGCCCCAACACAGGCGCUUGGCACCAUGAUGAAUGGGCUUUCGUCUUGCAUUUGGUCCUUCUCACUUCCUUACGCUAUCAACCCUGACAAAGGCAACCUGGGCGGCAAAGUUGCGUUUAUUUUCGGAGCCACGCUCGUCCUGUGCUUUGUCUUUGUGUUCUUCUUCAUCCCAGAAACCAAGGACAGGACUUUCAUCGAGAUCGAUGAGCUAUACGGACGAGGCGUGCCCGCUUGGAAGUGGAAGCAGACGCAGAUUGUGACGGUAGCGGAGGAGAAAACGGAAGAGGCAAUUGGAGGGAAAAGCGAAGUGGCUCAUUGAGAAACGAAUGGAGAGAUAAUGUUGGGAACCGACGGCUUGUUUAAUGUGUUGGUUGACGUAGUGGUCAAAUCAAACAGUGUAUAUAAUUAAAUUUUUUAAUCUUGUGGAAGCUUCACUAUCUUAUACUGCCU